GCCACAUCACCGCAGCAGCCGCUGGCAGAGUGCUCAGGUCACCGCAGCAGCAGGGUCUCUUUUCCCCCCACGAAACUGGCUUCAGCGUGCACGUGUGUGCCUGCGUACAUGGGCACCCAGCCCGCCCCAGCAAACUGCGCCCAUGAAAUCACGGCGGCGAAGAGCUCAGGGGAGACGCGCAGGCCCUGCUCCGCCCACGCUCCCACCGUGACCCGGCGGCGGCUCCAAGCGCGGCCAUGGAAAAGAGGCGGUGUCUAGCUCUAGGCCCGGGGAGUUUCGGGUCGCUUGUGUUAAACGUCACAGUGAGCGGGCUGGGGCGAUUGGCUGGACUGCGGGGGGUCACGCGCCAGGGUAUCCCCGUCCGAAGCCAUGUGGGCGAGGCUGGUGGGGACUCCAGAGCCGUGGCUGCUCCUCGCUGGCCCGAGAGUCCGCUGGUCGCUCGCCGCGCUAGCGCCCGGGGGCGGCUGCAUGGAAGAGCCUGGCCCGGGGAGCCUCGAGGCGGGGGACGCGCCCCCUGCGGCCAAGAGACGGCGGCUGCUGGCCGGGGAGGAGAAGCGGCCGGGCCGCGGCGAGCGCUACGUGCCGCCCCCGGGGAAGCGCAACCCCGGCGUGAGCUUCAGCGAGACGCACUUCGCCGAGACCCACUACUACUUCGAGGGCGGGCUGCGCAAGGUGCGGCCCUACCACUUCGACUUCCAGACCUACUGCAAGGGCCGCUGGGUGGGCAAGAGCCUGCUGCACGUCUUCAGCACCGAGUUCCGCGCCCAGCCCAUCGAAUACUACCGGGCCGCGGCCAGCGCCGGCCGCCUGCGCCUCAACGAGCAGCCCGUGCGGGACCUCGGCAUCGUGCUCAAGAAUAACGAUUUUCUGAGGAAUACAAUGCAUCGCCAUGAGCCUCCAGUCACUGCUCAGCCUAUCCGGAUCUUGGUAGAGAAUGAUGAGGUGGUUGUCGUGGACAAACCCUCAUCUUUACCUGUACACCCAUGCGGCAGAUUUCGACACAACACAGUCAUCUUCAUCUUGGGCAAAGAGCAUAACUUGAAGGAGUUGCACACUAUUCACCGGCUUGAUCGCAUGACUUCUGGUGUGCUUAUAUUUGCCAAGACUGCAGAAGUGUCUAAGAGGAUUGAUGAGCAAAUUCGGCAGAGACAGCUAGAAAAGGAGUACGUCUGCCGCGUGCUUGGGGAGUUUCCAGAAAAUGAAGUGACCUGUGAGGAACCCAUCCUGAUUGUUUCUUACAAAGUGGGGGUGUGUCGUGUGGACCCCAAAGGCAAAUCCUGUAAAACUGCCUUCCAAAGGCUUAGUUAUAAUGGCAAGACCAGUGUGGUCAAGUGUUUUCCAUACACGGGUCGCACCCACCAGAUCCGGGUCCAUUUGCAAUUCCUGGGAUAUCCGAUUAUUAAUGACCCCAUCUACAAUAUGGAGGCCUGGGGUCCUACUAAGGGUAAGGGUGGUGAGAUUAAUAAAACCAAUGAGGAGCUUCUCAGGGCUUUAGUGGAAGAACAUCGUUCCAAACAGAGUUUGAGCAUCUUGGACAUUUCAGAGGAGGACCUGAAGCCUAUUGUGGGAAGUGAAGAAUGUGAUCGUUCAGGUUACUGUACUAAGCCAGUUGAGAUUACGUCCAUAAGCGCAGACUCCUGCAGAACUGAGGUCUCUAAGGAUCAGAAAGAAGCUGAAAUACUGGCUUGUUCACCAAAUUCUGAUACCAGACCAGAAACACAUGAAGCAAACCCUGAAGGAGCUAGUUCAAGUGGGAAUCCAGCUGGAGCAAACCCUGAAGGAGCUAGUUCAAGUGGGAAUCAGGCUGGACAUACAGAAGAAAAGGACCCUCUGUGUGAAGAGUGUAAAAUAGUAAGGCAGGACCCAUCUCCUAGGGAGCUGGUGAUGUACCUGCAUGCCUUACGCUACAAGGGAGCAGAGUUUGAAUACAAUUCCAAGAUGCCAGACUGGGCUCUAGAGGACUGGGAUGAGAGCCAAGAAUAGAUACUGAGACUCUUGUUUCAUUUUAGUUUUGUUGGAAGGAAAGUAUUUGGUAAAGUCCUGAACUUAUGUGUGGUAAAAAUAUCUCAUUGGAGCUACUGCGAUCUUACAUCAUUAUAUAUUGUGUUGUGCGUGGAUUGCUUGUGAAUUUUGAGGAGGUGGGAAGAGUUCUUCCUGAUUAGUCUUGAGAACUGUUUCCUAACAAUGAACCUGCUGACAGCUACUGAAGGGAGAGAUGGUUAAUCCAAGACACCUUAACUGUUUUCCUUUAAGAUAGUAACAGUGAUGGGUAAAAAAUACUACUCAAAGGUGGGAAGCUUGGAACAAUUGCUUCCUCUUCUCACCACACGGUGUUUGGGUUGCAUCCUUGUUCACAAAUUGAAUGCGGUUGCUUACUAAAUGCAUACAACUAAGACAAUCAGCAUCUUGGCUCUUUUCCUGUAUGUCAGUUAUCUAACUCCCUUGUCUUUCUGGGUAAGAGUUAGUGACAUGUUAGUCAAUCUAAAAUACUUCAGGUGUCACACCCAGAUCAAUUUCAGUUAUGUUCUUAGUUUUGUUCAUACCAAGGCACUGUGCAGGCUGGUUCUUUUCCUGCCAGGUUAAUCUUCAUUCAUUUUAUUUGGGUUUCUGUUGCCUUGUGCAGUUCUUGUCAAUAAGACAUUUCCAUCCUCCUGUGUGUUUCCAACUUCCUUCCUUCUGUUCUAGCAUGGAGCACGGUCUGUCCUUAAAUCAGCUUUGCAAAAUUCCUUGGACACGCAUACUGCUCCAACUAAAAAUUCAGUAGCCCAAAGAAAUGGUAUGUUUUGCUGUUAAUGAGUCCAUAUCUGUAGGUACUCCCAUCCAAAACAAUCUCUACAUACUUUAACCAGUCUCUUGUUUCCUUUCCCUAUAUUUUCUACCUCCUCCCAUAUAGUUUCUCUCCUUAUUACUUAACCCCCAUUACGCUCUAUACUGUACAUCUUGUACUGUGCAUAUCUUUUCUAACAUAUCUUGACCACCCCUUUCCAUGUACUCUCACACUGGGCUUAGAAAGCUUAACAAAUACAUAAUAGCCAGAAAGCUAAGUCUGAGAUGGAAGGUGGCAGGGGCUUGCUGUUUCAAGGACAGUUCUACUCCACCUUCUUUUGGCUUUUUGGUUGUUCUAAGCAGGGGUGUUUCUACUAUCCUAGCCUUCAUUUUACAGCUCCCAGCCUCAGUAGAAGGAGCUUCAGUAUCUGCCUCUGCAGACUCAGAG